AUAAUGCAUUUGCAGAAGUAGCUUAUCUUCGAUUAAAAAAAUUAGUUGUGAUGGAUAAGCCGGCCAGCACUACUACGAUGACGAACUUGAUUAAAGUUCUCGCAUGGAGUGAUGGCUUUGAAGAUAUUUUGAGUAAGAUAGAGGUGUUUAAAGGCGAGAAUGUAUUAAAUGCCAUUUCGAGAAUAGAGACUGAUUACGUCCCAGAGAUUAAUAAUGAUUACAUGG